AUGGCGAGCAGAUACUACUUCAUCCGUUACCUACCUCCAUUGAUGGAUGACAUGCGAAUCAAGACACCGGCCCUCCCACUGAAGACACGCAGGGCCCCUCUACACACCCUGGUCCUCGAUCUUGAUGAGACUCUGGUCCACUGUAGUCUUACUGAGGUUCCCGAUGCCGUCUUCACCUUUCCCGUUCUUUUUGAAGAUGUCACCUACCAGGUUUAUGUGAAGACGAGACCUCGGCACAGAGAGUUCCUGGAGCAUGUAUCAAAACUAUUUGAAGUCAUCGUCUUCACAGCAUCUAAAAAGGUCUACGCCAACAAAUUGCUGAACCUUCUGGAUCCACAGAAAAAACUUAUCAGAUAUCGGCUGUUCAGAGAGCACUGCAUAUGUGUGAAUGGAAACUAUAUUAAAGAUUUGAAUGUACUGGGUCGAGAUCUAUCAAAGACUAUCAUCGUGGACAACUCACCUCAAGCAUUCGCUUAUCAGCUGGACAAUGGGAUACCAAUCGAAAGUUGGUUUGAUGAUCAGAAUGACGACGAACUCAUGAAAUUGUUGCCUUUCCUACAACAACUGGUCACCAAGCGGGAUGAUGAUGUCAGACAGCACGUCAGGUCCAAGUUCAAACUGCACGAAUUACUUCCACCAUUGGAAUGA